UAGAUCUUACAUCAAUUUCGUAAAUUACAAUCAAGUCCAUUGUAGGGGAAAACCCCGACUGACAAACACGGAUUUUGAAAGAAAACAUUGCAAUCAAAUACUGCUGAGUGACAAAAAGUAUUAAAUAACAAAUUUAAAUACAUACCUAGUGAAAAAAUAGUUUAAUUUGUGUCGUUGUACGUGUGUAAAAUGUCUACAAGUGAUUUGAACAAACCAAUAACAGUGAGAAAGUUACCGCUAAUAUUAAAAAAGAGGAUCAUAGUUAAAAAGGGAGUUAAUCAGUUCAACUUAGGGUCCAUUAAGUGUGGAAUUAAAGAAGAUAUUAUUUACAAAUCUAAACCUGGUGAUUUCAUGUCAGGGGAAGUACAAAGUAUGACGAUAAUACAUCAAAGUAACGCCUUGACGCAGACCAGUAAGACGAUCGCUAAGUGCCGCAGUCACAGCGGGGACACAUACGAAAAAACUUCCGAAGAAAUAAUUAAGUUGAUCGGACAAACGAAUUACGACAUUUUAUUUAGUUCACUGUGUUCAAUAAUAAGUCAAGAAUUAAAAAUACGAAGUAUAAAUUCACUUUUGACAGUUCCUAAAAAGAAACAUGAAGAGGGCACACAAACUGGUAAUUUCUUAAAAUAUGUUUACAAGAAUGCGGCACAGGACAUCAGUUGUCAGACAAACGAGACAUACAUUAGAGAAUUGAAGAAAUUUAAGCCUGUACGAAGGAAUAAAAGGCAGCAAGCAGCUCCGUACGUAGUCAAAGAUUGCCCAGAAGUAAAAAAGCCUAAAAAACUUGUGAUAUCACCGGACAACUUCAACAUGAUUUUAACGAAAUCCAAGUCAAACUCCGGUCAGUCUACGUCCUUACCGGUAUUAGAACAAUGCUUUGACGAGGACUCUAACAGCACGGCUAAGAUGUCCAUAUUAUCGGUAACAACAACACCAGAUUUGCUAUUCAAUCCGCUGAACAUAUUGAAAAAUGUGGACAAACACACAAGAGAUUUAACAGAGAUAACGAAUAAACCAGAUGUUACGUAUACAUUACAUAACUUGGAUACCAACGAGACAUGUCCCAGUGGAACGAGACCGAUGCACAACAUACAACAUGUACCGCCAGGUCAACGUCGAAUCGGUUUGCUUCAACAAGCGAUUAACGAUUGGAAAUAUUCUUUAACUCUCGAUGAAGAUGGUCAUCUACCGAUUCACGUUGCUGUUCUGACGAAUGAUAUCGACCUUCUGAAACGUCAGUGCAUCACCCUGAAGAGUAGGGGAUCAUCUGUGGAUAUACCGGCUGACGGCAUGACCCCAUUGAAAAUGUCAUUGUUCCAAGAAAAUGUUGAAAUCACAAAUAUGCUGCUACAGUUUGGAGCUGAUCCCUUGGAAGUUGAUGAUGAUGACCGGACAUCAUUUCAUAUAGCAGCAGAACUGGCUACUGAUCAUCUGCCAGUGCUAGUCAACUAUUGUUGUCAGAAUGCCAGGAAAAUACUACAAGAAAACGAGGAAUUGUGGCGUCCUAACUAUGAAAAUAAAACAGAUGAUGAAUUGAGUAGUAUUUUACUUACUUAUAUCAAUAAGUUGUAUGAUUGUCAAGGUUACACACCAUUGAUGUUAGCUAGUAAGCUGGGAAAAUACAAUAAUGUGAUGGCUUUAGCUGAAAACAGUAGAUCUGCAGUCAACUCUCGGAUGCCCAACAGUGGGAACACAGCGUUGUUCCUGGCUGUGGGCGCUGCUUGCAUGGAUGCCGCUGAAAGAGGCGACAGAACAAAAAUAGUAGAUCAUUUUCGUAAAACAGUGGAAAUAUUAUUGGAUCACGGAGCUGAACCUAAUGUACAGAACUUUGGGGGUUGUAGCGCAAAUGAUUUACUAGCAGAGUUCAAUAUUGGUGAACUAUCAAUGCUAAUAGCUAACAAAAUAGCUACAACAAGGUUCCCUGAUAGCAAACUCCCAAAGGGUUUGAAAGGUAGCGAAUUCAUGCUCAUAAAAGACAGCAAAGGCCAUGUUAAUAUCGAAGAAUUGGAGAGAAAACCGCUCAAAAAAUCCAUAAUCGUUGAAAACGUUAUCACUUAUAAGGCAAAGAAUAGUACUAGUAAUUUAGGCUUGAAGAAAGAUGGAAUCAAAGUAGAGAAUUUUAAGUUAGAUAAACCAUUGUUGAUUCAGUCUAAGCAAAGUAGCAAUAAGAGGAAAUUGGAAAUUGUUCUAGAUGUUAAUAAAAUUAAAAAGUUGGACGAGAAGGAUUAAGGGAACGUAUGGUUAGCAACAGAAAUUGGUUCAUACUAUCAAAUUGGCGAGAAUAGCUAAGUGGUUGUAAGUCGACAAAAAGGAUUGUGCGAGGUGUCGCGGGAUCGGUCCUUGUGUUGGACAAGCAUUUGUGUGAUCCAUGAACGCUUGUUUUGAGUCUGGGUGUCCUGUGCCUGUGACUUGAAUGUUUGUGAAUCCCUGCCUCGAGACAUCAAUUACUUGCUUUUAGGUAACAAAGUAGGCUUAACACCUAGUAUUAGUUAAAAAUUACUAAUAACCAAUUCGCAUACCACUGCAAAAAACAGUUCGUUCGUAAUUUUGAUUUACUUAUUAACCAAUUUCUGGUGCUGACCAUACACUCA